GCAAGUGGCAGUGUCGGCCCCGCAAUCCGCCAGGAAACACGAAGAACAACUCCGGAACCAAUGGAAGUGGUCUGCGGUGCCACGCCGGGUGUCGAAAGCCGUCGGACAAUAACCGAAAGAGCAAGAAAAAGUGGUUCAACCUGGAUGAUGUUGUAGCUAAAACGAACUAUUACUUAUUUAAAUUAACGAGGAUGUGGUUCGCCAGGCGAUUUCUGUCCUCGGUCGCUCAGAAAAGACUGUACGCAGGACAGUUCGGCCUGUUCCGUCGCCCUCAGCACGGCUCCCUCCCUGAGCUGGAGCUGCGGUACCUGCAGUGCACAUGUUGCUGGCGGAGCCGGGUUCCCGUGGCAGGCUUUGAGACCCUGGACGCCACCCUCUCCUCCUCUUCUCAGCCCUGCAAAGAGGACAGCAGACCGCUGGAUGCAUGCUACACCUCCGAGCAACGAGACGUCAUCCUCCAGCUGCUCAAUACCGCCACUCCGUCGGUGCUGGCCGGCGUCAAGCUCCUGAGAGGCCGCAAGUCGCUCAACAUUGUGGAGUACAGGACUAAAAACGGACCCUUUAAAACUCUGGAGAGUGUGGUGAAUGUGCCGCUGCUGAAACACAAAAGUGCGGUCACAGUCUUCAACUCCAUCCUCAACCCGGUGAAGAAAGAGAGGAAAGUGAGGAUUCAGCUGGCCAAGUUUAUCAGGCCAGAGGUUGACCGGUCCUGGUUGGAGGAAGCAAGUUCCAUUGUGUCACUAGUAUGUGGGACUAAUAAAAUCGCCUGGACUCAUGUGAACCGUGGGAUGACGGUUCUUGAUUGGCAACAGCUGGAAUGCCCAAAUUUCUUGAGGGGAACAUACAUGGCUUCGGCUUACUUGAAUGACGUCACCGCAGUUGUGGCACUCCUCCCGCCAGCGGACUUCUACAUAAUAGAGAAAUCCUCCAUCUCAGUCCAGAAUACGGCCCUGUUCCCCAUCAUGGCCCACAUGAGGACUGUGGAGGCCAUGCUGUUUGCCCUGCUUGAGCCACGAAACUCAACACCAGAGUCCAACAUUCCUCCCAGAGUUUUGAACAUGAUGCGUACUGCUGUUGGACGUCACUUUGGACUCAUGGUGGGCGAGUCACGGACCAGCGGGGCACAGACGGUGCGACAGCUGAUGACUGAGUCGGUGACACAGAAACUUCCCAGGAUAAACUUCCCCCCAGAGCUGCUGGUGAAGCACAGGAAUUCUUUCCAAAUAGGCAGCAGAAGAGGAGGGGAGGAGCUCUGUGACGCCCUGCUUCAGGCUGUGGCUUUUUACGAGCUGCUCAGUGAAUCUUCCAGUUAGCCACCACAUGGACCGAUCUCAUGCCCCGGCUACGCUCUACAUAAAGCAUACUUCCCGAGAUAACACUUAGGACAGUGACCAUAUGAACAGAUUUGGUGGUGGUUGAUGGUAAUGGUUAAAAUAUUAAAUUUUCUUACUGUUACAAAAAAAACUUGGAUACUGUUUUUUGGGAGACGUGAGUGUUGCUACGGUGUUAUUAUCGCUGUCGAACUUGUUCGAUUUGGACACUAGCAUAAAGUAAUAGCUGUCUGCCAUCUUCCUGCUGUCUGAGGAUUUUCACUCCUGUUGGUUUGUGUUUGAAAGGUUUUAAGGAUUAUGUAUCAAAGACUAAUAAUUAAAAAAAAAACAAAAAAAAAAACACUGUACUGA